AUGGAAAUAAAGGAAAAGGAAAGAGGCAAUUACUUGACACUGAAGCACCAUCGGAGAAAAAUUAUAGUGGUCGACUUGGAAAAAAAUGAUAGAACUCGAAAAGGUGUUACAAUGUCUGCGAGAGCUAGGGCUGUGAAAGCUAGAGAAGAAGUUUUAGCCCCUGCUAGUAAAAAUGAUCGAGAGAAAACUCAUAUGGAGGACUUUACUAUCCCUAACUUUGUUGAUAAUGAUUCAGAUGAUAAUAUUUCUGAAGAAGAAGAUAUGUUGUUUAGUGAUAUUCUAUUUCAGAGAGAACGUGAGGAUGAUGAGGAUCGAGUUGAUGAUAAUGAUGAUGAUACUGAUGAUGUAGAGGGUGAUGACAUAGAGGAGGAGGAUGAGGAAGAACAAAACGUACACAAAAUUGAUGAUUGGCAGUUGAUUAGAGGGAUAGAUGGAGGACCUUCAAAUCCCGAUUUACUUACCGGUUUUCGCGCUCAUGUUGCACACUACAUACGGAUUGGUCGGGAUCGAGGUUUGUUGACAUGCCACAAUCGAAGUGACCAGUUAUCAUCGUGGACUAUAGAACAAGAUGAUGUUAAACUUCUGCUUGCAAAAACACAAUUAAAACAUUUAUCAACUUGUAUGUUUGAGCACGUAAACCUGCCUCUGAUUUCAGCUUUCGUUGAGAGAUGGCAUCCUGAAACAAUUUCAUUUCACAUGCCAUUUGGAGAAAUGACCAUUACUCUUCAUGAUGUAUCUUAUAUACUCAACGUACCUGUAGUGGGUAACCCUCUAAUUACUGAGAAUACUGGACCUGCGGUAUCAUUGAUGAAAACCCACAUGGCAUCCCUCCUAUAUAUGUCUAUGGAUGAAAUAAAUAAAAAUUGGAAGAAAGGUACCAUAAAAUUCAAUGUUGUAAAAUCUAACGUAUCUAAUCAAAAUGUAAAUCCAAAACAUACUGCAAUAGGAUUUUUGUUAUGGUUGGUUGGUGCUACAUUGUUUGUAGACAAGACUCAUAAUGCAGUGAAUGGACAUUUUUUACCUUUUCUAAUGAAUUUAGAAGGGGUUAGUAGUUAUGCCUGGGGUGCUGCAACUUUAGCUUAUAUGUAUCGUCAGCUCGGAAAGGCUUCACGAUUUCAAACCAAGCAAAUAUGUGGUUGUUUAACAUUACUUCAGAUUUAGGCCAACGGAGAAUGGAAUUUGGGAGAAACAACCCCCAUAUGCUGCAAGAUGGGUACCUGGAAAGAUGAAAAAGACGAAUGAUGAUUUACUAAUUUACAGAGCUGCGUUAGAUUGCAUGACGGUGGAUGAGGUUAAUCAAAUACUUACUCUUUCAUUUUAUUAAUUAUUUUUGUCAUAAGUUUAGAAAUUACUUGUGUAUCAACAUAUUUUAUUUUAUGUAAGUAGGUUACUUGGACCCCCUU